AUGAACAAACAAUCUGGCCUUCUUUCUCUCAUUAGAGAAAAUUGGAUUCCACUCACAAAAGAUCUUUCCAAAUCUGAAUCUUCUUUGACUUGCUACGAUUCACUCUUGAAAGCCAUUGGUGAUUCGAAAUUAGUACUCAUUGGGGAGGCAUCUCAUGGCACACAUGAAUUCUACGAACACAGAGCAGCCAUUACAAAGCGUCUAAUAUCAGAGAAGGGUUUCAAUUGUAUUUGCCUUGAGGCUGACUUUCCCGAUACUUCUAGGGUGAAUGAAUUUAUCAAGCACCAAAUUGAUUGCACUGGUGUUGAUUCACUGAGUGGAUUUAAACGAUUCCCAACUUGGAUGUGGAGAAAUGUUCCCACUCUCAAUCUUGUGGAGUGGCUGAGGGAGUAUAAUACACAAUUCAAUAAGGAGAAGGAUAUGGUUGGAUUGUACGGUCUUGAUUUGUAUAGUAGUGACAGAAGUAUGAGGGUCGUUCUCGAAUAUUUCGAAUCAAUUGGUGAUCAUGAAGGUGCUAAACAUGUGAGGGAGCAAUAUGAGUGCAUGAAAAAUUACAAAAAGAAGGAGCCAAUAAGAAAAGUAAUUGGUGGAUCAUGUCAAGAAAAGGUAAUGCAGGUAUUAUUGGAUUUGCAGAAUAGAGAAACAAAGGAAUUACAAGAAAAGGACCAUCUCUUCAAUGCCAUUCAAAAUGCAAUGGUUGUAAAGAAUGCAGAGCAUUAUUAUAGAGUUAUGUUUGUGGAUGGAAGUUGGAAUAUUCGGGAUGAGCACUUCUUUGAGACACUGGUUGAGAUUAUGAAAUAUUACUCCAAUAGCUAUGGAAAAGAGGCCAAAGUUAUUGUGUUUGCUCACAAUUCUCAUGUUGGAGAUGCCUCACAAACAGAUAGUAUCUAUGAUAAGGGCCAUGAAAUUAACAUUGGAAGAAAGUGCAGAGAAAACUUUCCAGAUGAUGUCUACAUUGUUGGGUUUUCCACAUUUAAUGGAAGUGUAACAGCUGCUGAUAAAUGGAAUCAAGAUCCUGAAUAUAAACGUGUCAACCCUGGUAUGAAGGAUUCAAUUGAAGAAUUGCUUCAUGAUGCAACAAUCGGUCAAAAGACCAAAGACUACAUGCUAUUAUUUAAAAGCAAGGAUCCAAGUGUUGAAACUAAUGCAACUUUGAGAAGGGAAUUAGAAAAGGAGAGACUAGAAAGAGCUAUUGGUGUUAUUUACAGACCGAAAACUGAGAGACAAUCUCAUUACUUUGAAGCAAAGGUCGCAAAGCAAUUUGAUGCCCUUAUUCAUUUCAACACCACCACUGCAGUCCAUCCAAUAGAUAUGCAACAUCAAUGGGCUAAAAAGCGACUUGAAGAAACCUAUCCGACUGGUCUUUAA